AUGUCGACUCCAAGACCCCGCGGUCGUCCAAAGCGGACAUCAACAAACAAUGAUGAUUCGACUACUCAGAUAAUACCAACAGCUUUAAACGUACAACCUACAACACCGAGAUAUACGACUCUAACACCCUCUGCCCUCCGCUCAGCAAGUCGGCGGACUCCUCGCGCCGCACCAUUGACACCAUUCGGGCUUCGCGCAAUGCAGCGCCGUACUGCGAAUACACCCGGUCGAGAUCGGAGAAGAAGUACGCGCGGUCCGCAACAAGAAACUGCUUUUGAUAUCUUGCGCAAUCUCGGUAGAACACUCGCCCCGAUCUCCAAACCGAUCCAAUCUUCUCCCCAAGAAGAACGCAGCCCGACCCCGGAGAGCUCGUCAGAGAUAGAAGAUGAAACAGUCUACCUUGAUCGGGAACCACUACCAGAGCGUCCGCGUCUCUCACUUCCACUUCGUGCUGAUAGCGGAACAAGCAGCGAUGGUAGUCCCGACAUGCCUCCACCACGAUUAUCCUUGCAUUUCGAUGAGGAAGAUAUCACACAACGUUCUGUGGAAUACCCGCGAAGAGCUAUUAGUGACAAGGAUCGACAGCGGCUGGAAAGAAUGAGUUUUGGGGAUGUCAGAAUGAGUGAGAAUUUUGGGGAUCUUACGCGGCUUGAUGCGUUUUCGGACGCGGGAGAUAUUACUGCUCUCGUGCAGGACGACGAUGACGAGGAUAUUGAGCAGACACAAUUGGACGAAGCAGCUUUUGACGCGGGUGGCGAAACUGCGGAUUUAGGCCGGUUUAAUUUGGACUUCAACUUUCCGAGUCCUGUUGCUCCCGCAGCAGACCUCGAUGAUCCUCUACCAAACGACGAAGAUAAUUUCAUGCUUCAAACUGAUCACGGCGAGAUUCCAUACCCGUCAUCCGACGAUGACGCGGCAGAUGGUUUCACAGGAUUCGAAGUCAAUAUCCCAGACCAAGUCUCCGAAGCCGGUACGACAGGCACUGCCGAACCUGGGGCUGGUAUUGUCGGCGGCGGCCUCCGCGAUGAACCCUCAAAAAGAACCCAGAAACAAAAGAAGCUCUCCAGGCACGGCAUCCCGGUCCCAUUACUACCAACAGGCGUCGUGAAAAGAAUAGCAACCCGUUUCGCGCGUACGGGAGCAGGUAGCAAAGCCAAAAUCAACAAGGAAACUCUCGCUGCAAUUGAGCAGGCUUCAGAAUGGUUCUUUGAGCAAGCUAGUGAGGAUCUUGCUACGUAUUCCAGGCAUGCGGGUCGGAAGACUAUUGACGAGAGUGAUGUUGUGGCUUUGAUGCGCCGACAACGUCAUGUUAAUAGAAUGAAUACGGUAUUCUCGUUGGCGCAGAAACAUUUGCCGAAGGAGCUUUUGCAGGAUAUUCGAUUGGGCCUACCGCCUUAA